CAAAUGUCCUUGCACCUACUAAGAAAGUAUCCAAUGCCAGAAGAUGUCCUUGAAUACCUUGUUGUCCAUGACGUGGUGAAGAAGACGGAAACAAUGAUUUUUUGACCAUGAAACUGAAUGUAUAUAUACUAGGGGAACUUAAUAAACCUUGUCGUUUAGUGCUGAAGUGCAGUGGAACACAUUCUUCAGAGGCUAAAGUAUGGAACGAUUAGUGAUUCUUGUUUGUGUCUGUGUGGCUACAACGAUAGCACAGAAUAGGCCAUAUCAUGUUCCUACUAGAGUACAGUAUAACCCAAAGUUUUUAACAGCACUACAACGGCAAGCUCAGCCUGCUGGUGCUAGACCUCAACAGGAUAAUAACAGUCCGAAAAAUAUUCAUCAGGAUUUAAAGAUUCAUCAACUCCAGCUUCAGAAUCAUGCGCAAGAGAUACAACGGCACCUUCAGCAAGAACAAGAAGCUUUGAAUGGAAAUUUUCAGCCUUCAAACCAACAAGUAUAUCAGCAACAGUCUCUUCAGGCAGCUCACCAACCCCAGGAUCAGCAACAGUACUAUCUUCAACAACAAAAUUAUCAGCAACAGGCUCUUCAGGCAGCUCAUCAACCCCAGGAUCAGCAACAAUACUAUCUUCAACAACAAAAUUAUCAGCAACAGGCUCUUCAGGCAGCUCAUCAACCCCAGGAUCAGCAACAAUACUAUCUUCAACAACAAAAUUAUCAGCAACAGGCUCUUCAGGCAGCUCAUCAACCACAGGAUCAGCAACAAUACUAUCUUCAACAGCAACAGGCUCUAGAACCAAAUUAUCAACUUCAGGAGCCUGCCACUCCUAAGAACUACCAUCCACCAGCUCUUGUCCACAAAGUCAACAUCGGAAUGAAACUCCAAGGUGACUACGACUUUACUUACGAUACUGGUAAAGGUCCUCUCGGUCAAAGCUACCGUACCGAAACUCGUCUUCCCGACGGAACUGUAAAAGGUUCCUACGGUUACCUUGACAGCGAUGGUCGACAGAGGAUUGUUAAGUACAUCGCCGGCAAAGGAGGGUUUGUUGCUGAGGGCGAUGUUGGUCCAGACAAUGCAUGAUCAAACAACACUUCAUCAUCCACGAUACUGAGAGAUUGAAGUGCUUCAUAAUUAUUACGGUGAAUUAAAGUUUUAAUUCAUCAGUGACUUAAGCUGCACAUUUUAAAGUAACUAAGAAGUACCAGUGUGAGUAAAGAAAUAUGUUAUCAAAACAAGAUUAUCAUUAUUAGUUAUCAAAAGCACCCUAGUAAAAAGUUUAAAGAAAAGUAAUAUCGUCCAAUCAUGAUGCAGAUAAAACGUGUUAUCAGUCAAUCAUGACGGAGCAGUAGAACAUUUUUAAACAGCUUUAUUUAUUUUAGAUUUCUUCAUUUUGUGUAGCCAUUGUUAUCAGUUGGUCAUAAUAAUCGAUUUGACAUGAUAUUAAAGAGUAACCACCGAGGUCUAUAUAUUUUUUUAUUCUCUCAGUUUUUAUAUAUUUUUGAAAAUUUUCUGGGUUUUCAUUCGGUGAAAAUUAAUAUGUUGUGCUACCUACUGAAAUACAUGUGUUUUUGGAAUUAUGGAACUUAUCUUUAAUAAUUUCGCAACAAAAUAUGCUCCACACUUUGGGGCCGUGGAUGCGUUAUAAGAGUUAAGGCCAGGUUCCAUAAUUCUGUCAACUAAGAGUAGUCUAAGAACCUUCCAUCUGAUCUAUCAGUUAAAAAUUAGGAAUGGCUAUGUGCAACUUCGUUCGAAAUUCUGAAAUGAACAAAUAUUGAUAACUUAUAAUAACAUUCUGGAACUAUAUAAGUUUGUGACUAAUUUAAUUAUUAACUAGGAAGCAAACUCUGAUUUCAGUCUGAAA